CGCACGCUCCAAUCUCCACCAAACACCCGCGCUCCAAGAUCAGCAACCCUCCCCUGUGGCCAUCUUCCCAUCAGCAAGCUCCACCACAAUCGCUCCCAGGAAGAAGACGACGAGACGAGAGGGUUUCUGGAACCAACUAUUAUUACCUGGUGGACUCAUCUUCCUCAUCGAUAUAUCCAGGAUCCCCCGGACAGGCCCGGCACUGCAGAGAAGCGUAGGAAAGCUCUCGGAGUUCCCGACCAUGGCUCCGCAGGCAUGGAUGCUGGGGGAGAAUGGAGAGGAGAACCUCGAGAGCCCCAAGGAGUUGCUGCCGCUCUCCAGGCUCGAAGAGAUCGGUGUUUUGUAUUGGCAAUUGGAUCCUAAGAAGCCUGAAAGUGAAGAGGAGCUCACAAAAAUCCGCAAAGAAAGAGGAUACAGCUACUUUGAUCUUAUUGAGAUAUGCCCGGAGAAAUUGGAAAAUUAUGAGGAGAAGCUGAAGAACUUCUAUCGUGAGCACAUUCAUGCUGAUGAAGAGAUCCGCUACUGCUUGGAGGGUAGCGGUUACUUUGAUGUCCGUGACAAGAAUGACGAAUGGAUCCGCAUUUGGAUAAAAGAAGGAGAUAUGAUCAUCCUGCCAGCUGGGAUUUAUCAUCGCUUCAUUGUUGACAGAAGCAACUAUAUCAAGCUCAUGAGGCUCUUCAUCGGUGAACCAGUCUGGACUGCGCACAACCGGCCACAAGAGGACCACCCUGUGAGGCAAGAGUACGUCAAGAAUGUGAAGGGGAACACUGGAUUUGCUCUUGCAGCACGUUGAGUUUGCUACAUGGGAGUUCACUAUGCCACUACCCUAUAUAUGAUAACUUGGAGUUGGACAUGUAUACAUCACAAAACUCGAUGAAACCAUGAAUGUUUUAUCAUGAAUCACGAGAACACAAAUGCAGUACACUUGAACUAUCACAAACAGGACUAUCAGGCUAUGCGAUAUACGAUGUUUCCAUGUAAUUCCUAGAAUGUUUGGUAUAGUAGUGAGUUAUUGUCAGCUUAGUGCUUGCAACAUUGCAGUGCACAUAAUUACUGGCCUUGUACUCUUGUGCAAAGUGCUGCACACGAAAUAUUGUCUGUAAAAACUCGGUUGGCUACCUAAUGAAAAUAUUGCUGUGUAGGGAAAGAAAACAGUC